UCAAAUUUAAACGAGUAUCAGUACCAUCGGAUUCACGCCAUGGAGACCUCUCGCAUUGUUUGCAGGACGGUUUCAAGGUUGCCGGCGGCAAGGUUUGAUUCCUGCCGACGGUAUACCGGGGACUUGAAUCUUGGUGUUGGAGGUUCCAGGGUUUCAGUUAGGCCGAGGGUUAAUUCUUGCAGGAGACUGAGUUUCCAGUUUUCUGAUUCAGGGCAUAUACAGUAUUAUGUAUCGCCGAGGAGUGAUGGUUGUGGUGGAGGCGUCGCCACGAAGAAAGACAAGGGAAAAAGCUCCGAGAUUAGUAGAGUCAAGAAGAAGUUGAAGCUUAUGAAGAGAUUGUCUAAGGACUUGUCCAUGCUUCCUGAGAUUGCUUCAGGUGAGGAUAUUAGGAUCGGAUUGGCCGCUGAAGUUAACGUGACGAUGAUUCAGGAAGCAAGUGAUGUUUUGUCGGAACAACUGCAAAAGUUGAAAUCAGAACAAAAGGAGUUAAAGAGGAAAUUGAAAGAGGAACGAGCCCAGCUCAAAGCAACUUUGGGGAAAUCAGAAUCAUCAUCAUCUUCUUCCUCCGAGUCAGGUGAAAGCGAAUGUGGGGAGGUAGUUGAUAUGAAAGCCCUGAGAAGCAAUGCUUUGAAACCAUCCCAAGUGAUAGGGCCACCGAACAACAAUACCUUCAAACGACCAGAGGAGAUAGAGCCACCGACCAACAAUACCUUGAAACGACCAGAGGAAAUAGAAACAGGAGCAUCAACGGUGGCAGAGGAAUCAGCAUUAGCUGGCUCUCUUUUGGAGCUAGAAAACUCGGAUUCGAGCCCCCAGAUUCGAGUUCGAGUUCCUCGUAUCGGUUUCGAUGGUGAAUGUUGCAGCAGCUCAAAUUGCUUGGAAGGGACAUCAACCAAGAAGAUUGAAGUUUGCAUGGGUGGCAAGUGCAAGAAGCUGGGAGCUCCUGCAUUGUUGGAAGAGUUCGAAAAGAAAGUCGGAGCAGAAGGCACCGUUGUUGCCUGCAAAUGCAUGGGGAAGUGCAGGACCGCUCCAAAUGUGAGGGUCUCAAACACCCAAAGCGAAACUGCUUCAAGAAUCAAUGAAGACUCUGUUAGGCUCGGGAUUAAUCCUACAUGCACUGGCGUUGGGUUGCAAGAUGUUGAUCUGAUAGUGGCAAAUCUUCUGGGCAAGGUCAUAGAUGAUGAAUGCUUGAUGCUCUCAUCUUGAGUCUUCAUUUUGUUUCAUUCUUUGAUUAUUAUAGUUAUGAAUUAGUGUGAAAUAGGAACUAUAGUUGAU